AUGGCGACACGGAGCCUGGCCGCAGCAGUGCCUUUGCUCGGCGGGAGCUGUGUUCCUCUUCACUGUGUGCUUGGGAUGUUUGCCUCCCAGACUGAGCGGGAGCUCAAAGUGACCCAAAUUCUCAAAAAGUUUUCUUGAGCUAUGGCUAUCAAAGUCACCGACAUUUCGGGAACCCAAAGAAGAAAUCAAAGGAAUGCAUGGAUUACAGAUAUUUACCUCUGUCCCCAAACACUGACCAUGCCCCGGUUACAUAGACGCUGCAGCUGAAAACCUAGGAUGAACUUGACUGAUACCAUUCUUCCCUAG